GAGAGAGAGAGAGAGAGAGAGAGAGAGAGAGACUUCGAAGUUUUAUUAUAGUUUCUUAUACAAUUUUUUCUUCUUGUGGGUCCUUGUGUGUGAUUGGGGGGGUCUUCGCCAAUCUUUUCUUACCUCUCGCUUUCUUCCAUAUCUACUUUGUGACACAAUCCAAAUCUUGUUUGGCGCUCAAUUAUGGAAAACCCACUUUGAGAAAAGGUUGUCAACACAGCCGGCAAUCUUUCCUCCCAUCUUUGUCUUUUUCUUGUACGCUUUUUUGCUCAAUUUCAUCCCUUCUCUCUCUUUUCUGUCAUAUUUGUCGCGUGACCCUUCACUUUAUACUCGUUAAAUUUGUUACUCCUACAUUUUUGUCACAGAGAGAGAGAGAGAGAGAGGUGUUUCACAUGCUUUUUAUGAGCAUUUGAAGUAGCACCCAUUCAGAAGCAACAUUGAGCUUCAUCUGUAUUUAGAAAAGAUUUGAUUUUUCCUAUAUUGGGUUUGGAGAAUUCGGUGUACUGAGCAAAUUGAGGUAGCGUUUGAGUUUCUCUUUUUUGGGUAGUCAAUCACUUUCAAGUAAUUAGAGAGAGAUACAGAGUUCUUUGACAUUUUGUCAUGGGCGUAUGAAGUAAGAUACAUUGAGGAGCAACAUUUCAUUUUCACUUGGAGAAUUGGGUAUAGUGAACAGGUUGGGUUUGUGCUUGACUUUCUUUGAGUUCUUUUUCAUUCAGCCAUGAGGGUUCCUAGUAAGAUCCACUGAAAAGCCACAACUUUUUUUGCUCGGCAAAAGUUAGAAUUGUUAGAACUUAGAAUAGUUGGAUUAUCACCUUAGAGGAGUUGAACUCCCAACUUCAUUACUCCUGGCACUUAAGUGCACCCCUGAUGCCGUUGGGCCAAAUGGCAUCAGAAAUUUGAUGUUGCUGCAAUGGGUUUGAGGAAUUGGGCGUGGUGAGCAAGUUGGGUUAGGGUUUGAAUUCCUGUUGGGGUGAUAUGAAUAAGCAAGAAAAGGGUAGUAGAAAGGAGGGUUUGAAUGUGGAUCAGAAAGUUGUGAUUGUUGCUGUCAAAGCAUCUAAGGAAAUCCCCAGAGACACCUUGGUUUGGGCUUUGACUCAUGUUGCUCAACCUGGGGUCUGCGUUAAGCUGCUUGUUGUCAUCCCUGAUGAAAGCUCAAAUAAGUUGUGGGGUUUUCGAAGAUUUACCAGUGAAUGCGCUGGUGGUCUUUUGAAAAAUCUACCAGGAACUAUGUCUGAUAAGAAAGACUAUAUCACAGAUUCGUGCAUCCGAUUGAUGCGUCAACUUCGUGAUGUUUAUGAUUCUGAUAAGACAAAGGUCAGGGUAAAAAUUGUUUCUGCUUCACAUUGUGGAGUAGUGGCAUCUGAAGCCAAGAGAGCUCAUACUAGCUGGAUUGUAUUCGACAAACGACUGACAGAAGAGGUCGAACCCUGCAUGGAACAGCUUGAUUGCAAUGUUGUUGUGAUAAAACGGUCUGGACCAAAAGUGCUCCGCUUGAAUUUGGUAGGAUCACCUAAAACACAAUCUGAUGUUGCCAUACUGCGACCUGUGUCAGUAGCAGCGGCAGAGCGUGUAAAUGACAACUAUGACCCUUGGAAUGUCAUCAAAGUGCCAAAGCUGACUCCGGCAAGCAGUCCAGAGCAUACAUUAUUCACUAGCACUACCACUGAUGUUGGGGCAUCAUCACUCUCAAGCUUAGACCCAGCGACCUCUCCAUACUUUUUCUCUGGAAUGAAUUGGGAUAUAAAGCAAAACUUUUUAUUUAAUGACGAAAACCCUAGUCUUGAUAAGUUUGACCCUGAUAAAGAGAGGGAAGAGUUGAGUUCCCCUUCGACAAGUUUAUAUUCCCAUUCCUGGAUAGCAGAUAUUGUCAGCUCUGCUAGUGAAUUUCCUAACCCUCUGGCAAAACAUUCACAAAGACCCAAUGCAAAAGGUCCGACUUCUUUCAUGUCUGACGCAUUGGUGGGAUUGGAACUUGAUCAAGACCUUGAAAUCAGGACGCUCAGUUACAGGCUUGAUUUGAACAGAAGUGUGAGAGAAGUGAUAUUACCAUCAAAAAAUGCACCUCCUGAACCCCCACCAUUGUGUUCAAUAUGUCAGCACAAAGGGCCCGAAUUUGGAAAACCUCCUAAGUGGUUCACCUAUAUGGAACUUGAACAAGCCACAAGGGGAUUCUCUCAAGCUAAUUUCUUGGCUGAAGGUGGGUUUGGUUCUGUGCACCGUGGGGUUUUGCCAGAUGGCCGGGUCAUCGCUGUCAAGCAAUAUAAAUUGGCUAGUUCUCAGGGUGAUCGUGAAUUUUGCUCAGAAGUGGAGGUCCUAAGUUGUGCGCAGCAUCGUAAUGUUGUCAUGCUGAUUGGAUUCUGUGUGGAGGAUCAAAGGAGAUUGCUUGUUUACGAGUAUAUUUGCAAUGGAUCUUUGGAUUCCCAUCUUUAUGGAUGUAAUCGAGAUCCACUAGAAUGGUCUGCACGCCAGAAGAUCGCAGUUGGAGCUGCACGAGGGUUGAGAUACCUUCAUGAAGAAUGUAGGGUAGGUUGCAUUGUCCAUCGUGAUUUGCGCCCAAACAAUAUCCUCCUCACUCAUGAUUUUGAACCCUUGGUUGGUGAUUUUGGGCUUGCAAGGUGGCAGCCAGAUGGAGAUUUGGGUGUCGAAACAAGAGUAAUGGGAACGUUUGGGUACUUGGCUCCAGAAUAUCCUCAAACUGGCCAAAUCACUGAAAAGGCUGAUGUCUAUUCCUUCGGAGUAGUGUUGGUGGAGCUUGUCACUGGGCGGAAGGCUAUGGAUGUCAACCGCCCCAAGGGCCAGCAGUGCCUAACUGAAUGGGCACGGCCUUUACUAGAAAAAAACGAAAUUCAUGAGAUGAUUGAUCCACACUUGGGGAAUUGCUACUCAGAGAAAGAGGUUCAGUCUAUGCUACGCUGUGCUUCCUUGUGCAUACGUCGGGAUCCUGAUUUAAGGCCUCGCAUGUGUCAGGUGCUCCGAUUGUUGGAGGGUGAUGUUCUCAUGAACCAAGACGUAGCAACAGUUGGAUAGCAUGUGGCGAGAACUGAGGCAACUCCACGCCCUGCGUCCUGUUGAGAGGUAAGAGCAAGAAACAGGCUUCUCCGGUGGCUAUGCCAAAGGCAGCUAGUGUGGAGAGAAAACCUGAAGAGAAAAGCCGGCUCGUUUGUCAAAUAUUGACGAGGAUCUGUAGAGAAGACUAGUUGUGCACACAACAUACUACUAUGUAACAGUAAACCUGGAAUUAACAUUUUGUGAUGUACAGUUGUACUAUAGACAGACACGAUAAUUUAUUUUUCUCAGAUAA